AAAAUAUUGUUUGGGGCCCAUUGAUGAGGUAGAAAAAGUGUCCUCCUUCGAGCCGGAUUUGAACCAGCGACCUAAGGAUUUCAGCAUUUAGGGUUCUACAGUCCUCCGCUCUACCAACUGAGCUAUCGAAGGGACAUGGAUGAAUUUGGAGCAAAACGUUCAUGAUUGUACCGUAGCAUUGAGUUUAAUCUUUUCUACCGGAUGUUGAUCAACGUUGACCAUUCAGCCAACGUGAGAUUUCCGUGUAUUGAGCGCUCGUCAGAACUGCCGAAAUGUCUACAAACGGGUCUUUCCAGGCACAACUUUCUACAAUUAUGGAGACGCUGACGACGUCUGCCGUUGCAGAGAUUAUAAAACUGUUCGAUUACAGUUCUGCCCUUCUAUUCUCGGAGAUAUCCCGACAACAGGGAGAGAACGACGCUCUUCGGAAGGCAUUGCACUGUAUGCAAAUCGAGUUCGGGACCGAGAGACCAAAGCGGGGCACCUCUUCUGUUGAUAUAUCUUUAGAAGUUCAGCUUUGCGACGUGAUCCCUACGUUGAGUGUGACGAUGUUCUCUUAUAGCGAUUUAGCUAGCUCUGUGUAAUCAUGCAUGUAAAAAGUCACUAUAAGUAGCCUACAUCACCCUUUUAUUGUUGUGUGCAGAGAAUAAUAAAGCUGUGGGGGACCAGUGGUUUCCGGACAAGCAGUUGGUUGUGAGUGAGAGGCACUAUGGAGUGGACGCUGCCAUCGAAGUGGGAGAAACCAAUGCAUCGCAGCGAAGAAGGAAGUUGGUUAACAUUCGUAUUUAUGGUGUCUGGUCCUUGAACUGCUUUUCCUGACGUGAAACAGAUCAUUUUACAACCAGACCCUAAAGGUGAGGACAGGCCAGAGGAGGUUGUGGAGGCUAGUCACCCGGAGGAAGCAGAGUAUAUCAUUAUCGGUGGAGAAGGAAAUGGUGGCCUGUCCCUAGAAGAUGAUUUCCAGGCCAUGGACGAGAGCCAGUCAGAGGCGUACCACAGCUCCACAGCAGAGCCCGAGGAAGAAGACACCAGCCAAGACUUCAGAGAGGAGCUGGAGAUGUGGGUCAAGUCUGAGCCGGGGUCAGAGGGCGACACCGUCAGCUUCACCCCCAGUGUCGCAGAAAACAAGAUGGUCGACCUCCUCACGGGCAGGGAAAUGCACGCCUGUUCAUACUGCAACAAACGCUUCAACUACCGUAGCCAGGUGAUAAUCCACGAGCGGGUUCACACGAGGGAGAGGCCGUUCGUCUGCAAACAGUGCGGCAAGGGUUUCUCCCAGAUGAACAACCUCAACAAGCACCAGCUCUGUCACAGGAGAGGGGAAUCACGAGUGUGGCAAGGCGUUCUGCCACGCCCAGAGCCUGAAGAAUCACAUGGUGGCAAGGCGUUCUGCCACGCCCAGAGCCUGAAGAAUCACGAGUGUGGCAAGGCAUUCUGCCACGCCCAGAGCCUGAAGAAUCACAUGGUGGCAGCUCACGGCUUCGGCACGAGGUUGGACUGCGAGACGUGCAGCAAGACGUUUCACAAUAAGAAAGCUCUCAUCGCACACUCCACCAGUCACCGCAGGGCUUUCGGCUGCGAGAUAUGCGGGAAGGCUUUCGGUACGAAACAAACUCUUAAGACCCACCAGUUUACUCACACGGGGGAGCGUCCGUUCAUCUGCAACUACUGCGGCAAGAGCUUUGCCUACCUCUGUAACCUUAAAACUCACAAGAGGGUGCACACUGGGGAGAAGCCCUUUGGCUGUGAGCGGUGUGGCAAGUGUUUCACUCAGAAACACUGCCUGGAGAAAGACUUGUGUAAAGAUUAAAAAGCUGUAGAUAUACAGAGUAACUGCAGCAAACUACCGUCCGUCUAUGUUUACUUGUUGGCACCAAAUGUUCCAUGGCCGUAACAUUCUAAUCUGCGUUCUGACUAGAAUGUUGUGGUCUUGUAGUCUGGGUACCCCUCUGAUUAGCUAACGUUCCACUCCUUGUGCUAUGCGCCAUAGAGACUGGCCUUUCUUCAAUCUCAGCGUUUAAUAUGCAGCUGGAUUUUGCGAGGAGUUACUGAUUUGUUGUUGGAAAUAAGGUUAUUGUUUGGCAAUGGCACAGAGUACAAGGAGUGGUAUGUUAGCUAAACAGACUGGUAGCCAUGCUAGUGGUCUUGUGCUAUCAUGGGGGAAUUCUAAACCUAAAACCAAGUUUGUUGAACUCUGCAAAUUCUAUUGCUUUGUUGAGGAGACUUAAGUGUCUCGAGUAAAGCGUCUACAUAUGUGUGGGACAGAUUGACCUGUGCAUACAGUUAUUGUUUUUUCUUAUAUCACAUUUUAAUUUGCACGAUUACGAAGUACAUUGACUGUUACUACUACAACUUCUAUCAUUACUGUGGCGGUAAGAAUAGUGUGAGGGGAUUGACACACAAAGCAAAAUCACACCUUCACAUUCUGAUUGAACAGAAAUAGAUCUCCCCCUGUUGAGUUAGGUUUCUCUCAAAGUUUAUUGGUCGUCACUAGCUUCCACAGCUACAAACCCGCCAGUUUCUACAAUUUCUCUUCUUACAUUUUGAUUUUAAACCUAACCACAAUGCUAUUCUUAUGCCUAACCCUAACCUUAACAUGAAGAGCAAAAAUGAAAAUACAUACAUUUUUACGAUAGAGCCCGUUUUGACUUUGUGGCUAGUGAAAACAAAGUUUAUUCUGAUCAAGGUCAUUUUCUCUACUGACCCUUUUUACUGUACUACAAAUAUAGCCUACAUAUUUUAUUUGUUUGUUUUAACAAAUGUAAUUUCGCCAAAGCAGCUGGCAUUCACUGUGUACAUUAUAUCCAAUGCAUGCUUCUAUGUUGUAAUGAUAAAAUAUUGUAUUCUGUCCUGAGUCUGUCCGCAUAUAUAGCAUAACAUAUACUGUUGUAUUUCAUUGAGAAAACAAUUCUUGACAAUACGUAUUUCACUUGGUCUGGGUAUUAAGUAUUGCUAGAAGAACUUUUUAUUUCUUUCACUUUCAUCUUAAAGCGGCAAUCGGCAGUUGAAACAAUAACAAAGUGUCCUAGCCACCCCUGUUCUUGGUAACAAAGCAUAAGGAGGGGGCUGAAGUAAUGUACCAACUCUCAAAUACAUAGACAGAGCUAUGGAUGCAAGGACUGACCAACCAUGAUAUCAAAAUUAUAGUUGUAACCAUGUUUUGAGGCUAUGUAGUGUUUGUUUACAUUUACUUUGUUUACAAACAUUGGGAUAAAAAAAGCAUCUAUUUGGUGUUCUUGGGGUAAAAAAAAGUGUCUUUUGGGUUCUGAUGAGGUAUGACAGUUGAAUCUAGCUCGUGAGGCAUUUAUAGGUUAUAUUCUCCAAGAAUCAAUGAGUACAUAUUCAUUUAUACGUCCAAAAUGGAUAUAGCAACUGCGGAUUUCCCUUUUAAAAAUUGGCAUGCAAUUCAUACAUCUGUGGUUGAUAAAUCAGAAUAGAUUGCAGAGAGUACCAGUAUAACAAACACUCUGCUUUGCCCCCUCACGCUCUCAUAAACCAUUCAAGCCUGGUAGGUGGCGGAGGCGAGCUACACACUUUUAUGUAAUGGGUAUCAAAUUGAAGAUGCUGGAACAGAGCCAAGAGACGGUAUAGAAUCACUGGCUGAAGUAGAGGAACUGUCGGGGAGUCGGUAGCCUAAAUAAUUGCAUGAGAUGAGUUCAAUUGGAUAUAAAACGUACAAUUAAACAAUGUCACCAAAGAAAUAUAA